CGAUCCAGAGGCGCAUGCGUGUGAAGCGACGCACGCGCGGUUUGGGGGGAGGGUGACCCUUUGGGCGGCGCGCGUUGGGGAUCGGGAGUUUUGCUUCGUUCGCGGUGAAAAUGCUGCCAGACCCGCUGAGCAUUUCCAGCAAAUUCUGUUUUUGUGGCAUCAGAUUGCUGCCUUCAAAUAGGCACGAGGGAAGAGGAAUUUAUUUAUAGGGGUUCGUGAAUAUUGGAAUGCAGGAACGAAAACCGACGUGGGAACACAAAGUAAAACUUAACUGCCCUUAGCUGACUCAAAUUUUUCAGAGAAGGAUUUUGAAAUGGCUCACCCCUUUUGCUGGUACUAAAGAUUAUGAGGGAGAGGAGACAAUAUUAGUUGUCUUGGUUCGCUGUCCGUUCUCCCUUUGAAAAAGAAAGUGGAACAGGAUAUAGGAAUUGGUUAUUGCUUGGCAGUAACGGCGCCAAAGAGUUUUAUUCUGCAAAAUAUCUCUGUUGCUGAAGUUAGUUUAUUCAUGAUCUUCUUAUCUGCAAAUAGAUUUGUCUGUUUUCUACCACAAUGGAGACUACACUGAAAGAGCAACUGAUCUUUGCUGCACAGAAAACUUUAAGAAUAAAACAAAAGAAGAAUUUUUCUGCAUCGUGUUGCUUGAAUCUCUUUGCUGAGAUCCUAGCUGUGGAUUCGGAAUUGAAACCCACUUUCCUGUUUGAUUACAGUCUAGCAAAAGCGGAACAGGUCCAGAACUACAUCCAGGAGGUACAGAAGACCAGGCUUCUUUCUCAACAUUUACAUAUCCUCAGCAUUGAAGAAAACGUACUGAUAAUAAACUUAAACAAAGCCAUCAGACAUUUGGAAAGAACAUUGCAAGAAAACAGGGUUCCAAUAAUUGAUGUUUCUGCGGAUAGGCCCAGUCCAAUACUAGCUGAGACAUGUGUCAGUAACCAAGUGAAGGCCCAGUUGGAUCUAAUUUUGAAGCACUUGAAAUCCCAAGUAAUUCAAAGAGGAAGAUGUGAAUUAGGUGUUGUUAGUGCAAGUAAAAUUUUCUCUUCAGAGUGGAAUCUAUGCACAAUAUUUGGAUUUCUCCUCGGGUUCCCGAUUUCCUACUGGUUUGAUUUUACUAAAACUUUUGAGAAUUGUUUGAGCAUGACUGAGCUUCGGGUUUUCUCUGCCUCUGCUUUCUGUCACCGAAUCACUAAAAACCUCAAGCAUCAAAUGUAUUCGUUCAGUAUCCCGGAAAUCCUUUACUUGGAGUUACAGAGCACUGUAGAAAGUUGGAAUAGAGAUCUUCAGUCAGACUUUACCAAGCAGUCCAAUUUCUCUGAACUCAGUAUUUCCACAGAGAUCACCUGUCAGCCUGCAGUUACACUUUAAAUAUUAUGUGCAAAUUGAAUAUUGUCAUUCGCUAAUUAAUUUUAAGAAGAUAACUAGUGAGGAUGCUGGAAAUAUGAAAUAAUAACAGAAAAUGCUGAGAGUUCAGCAGGUUAGACAGUAUCUGUGAAGUUCUGACAAUACAUCAUAAGACAUCUCUGGGAAUGAUGCCUCACCAGUUCAAUAUUUAUUUCCACUUAAUGGCAAUUCCUUUUUUUUUUGCAAGUGCAACACUGCUUUGUUUGUACCAGUCACAAGGUCUGCAUAGAUACAAUAAUAACUCAUGAAAUCAUAAAACCUGUGAAAAUUAUCAAUGUCCAAAACUAAUUAUAGACACAAUUAUGAAAUUCAACAAUGAGUAUUGCAACAGUUGACAGACUUUCUGAUGUCUAUUCAACCGUUUAGCCUAUUUGAUAACUAGUAAAUGCAACAGAAAUAUUGCAGUGUUUUCAUUUUUGACAAGCACUAAUAUUGUUCUAAUUAUAUUUACUGUUACUAUAUUUUUGAUAUGUUUGUGAAGCAAGGCAUUUGUAUUAAAUUUCUUAGAUUGUCCAUCCAUAUUAUAAAUGAAUUGGUACCUUUUAUUUGUCAUCUGAUUGAAUCUUCAUGAUUCAAACAUUUCUGCUUUCAUUGAAGUGACUGGAAAAGCAUGCUAAAUGCUGAUCUCUGUGUAUGUGGAAUUUCUUAACGUAGUCCGCAAACAGCCUUGUUCCAGGUUCAACCAAUGUCCCAUUAUUCUGAGGUGGUUUUCUAGAGUCUUUUGACUUCCAGUCCCAUCUAUUGGCUCUUCCAAGAUACCUUGGAAUGUUGGUGGACCACCUUGUUUUCUAAAACGUUUGAAGAGGCUCUCUGGAUUUAUCCUUUUUUAACAUAAGCAUUAACCCAUGUACUUCUGAAGAGAUGUUAGAGAUAUUUCAGCCACUUUGUUUCAGGAUUUCCAGCAAUUCAUGCGUUGAAAAGCCAAGAAGAGACCAAUUCAGAAAUUCACAGCCUAUGCCAUGUUAUCAGAUGAUUUCUUUACAAGAGAUGCUGUAACACAACAAUUGCAAUAGCAGCCACUGUUAUUUCCAAUUCCUGUGUUGUUGUGGCAGUUUGCCCAUUUGAGAAACAGAAGUCAUUGGUGAAUUGGUACUUUUCCAGUUUGCUGCCUGAAAGCGGUCCUUGUAAUUUAUUUACUGAAAUGCAGCAAAAUGCUGUCUUUUUUUAUUAUGUGGGUGAGACAUAAGCCUAGAGUGUGCCACAAUCAUGCAAGGAUCAAAAUCCCAUCCUUUCAUGUUAAGCUGAUCCACACACUGCCUAUUCAACUAAGCUAUAGGAAACUUGUGAUACCCCAAAAUAACUUGAAUUAUUUAGUCAUGAAAUCUCCAAGGUCAGCUUUAGUCUCAGAGUUACCAAUGAUUGCAUUAUGUACUGGACCACGUACUGCAGUGAACAAGUAAAUCAAAAUGAAACACUUGUAGAUUUAUAUGUCUGGUUGUCUUUAUACUUUUAUAAUUUUUAUCUAAAAUACUGGACUGAAAUUAGAUAUUAGUGGAAAAUAUGAUAUGUAAACUUAAUUUUAGAUAUUUGUACUCCAGUGGUUAAAACCUCUGUACAACAUUACUAUUUUGUUUGGUUAUAUUUGUUUUGCUAUUGUGAUUGAAUUAUUCUGUUUCAAGUCUGUGAAGUAGAAUUGGGCUUUCACAAUCAACUGCAGUAGAGGCGAGCAGAGCUUAAUCUAAUGCAUGUUAAAGUUGUUUUGGAAAUAUUAUAGAACAUAGCUGUGAAUGUGCUACAUAAGUUUUCAAAUUUACUCCAGACAUACAUUUAUAAAUAAGAACCAGAAAGAGGUAUAUGAAUGGUAGGGCAGAUGAAUUCUCCUGAUGCUUGUCUGAUCUACAUUUGAACCAGGAUGGGUAACUUCUGUAGACAACCAUGGUCCAACUACAGGUGACAAUCUACUUUUUAAGUUCAGAAUUGCUUACAUUGUGUUUUUUUAACAACCACGAUUGUUCACUUGGAGUCAUUAGGAUCAGAGGUAUCUCAACUGACUUCUCUCAGCUUCCACCAGAGGGGGCUAAACUCCAGAACCUACAGUAAAAACCAAAAGAAGUGCGGAUGCAGGAGUUCUGAGUUCUCAGGAAGGACCAAAACGUUAACUCUGAUUUCUCUCCACAGAUGCUGCCAGAUUGCUAAGUUUUUCCAGCAAUUUCUGUUUUUGUUCCAGAACGACAGAUUGGGUUUACAGAGUUCAUCUAGCCCUCCCAACCCAAUGGAAGUAAGGCACUCAAGGAUAUUCUUCCUGAUGGUUUGAAAUAUAAUUGUUUUUUAACUAGCUUAUAAUUUUCCCAAUAUUGUAAAGUUCUAGGUGAAAUUCCUCAUAAAAUAUUUCCCCACCAAAGAGAAUGGGAGGAGGGAUUACUGAGUGCUUGAUCCUGAAGAUUAGAUGAGACAAUUUAAAUGUUAAGUAAACUGAAAUGUAAUUCUACAAAAAGGCAUGCCGUUUUGGUUGUUUUACAGAGAAUGUAAAUUGCAAAGCUAAUAAAAUCCUAAAUCCUUGUCCUUUUUGCUACAAGCAAAUCCAAAUGUUGACCUCUACUUAAUACAAAUGCAAGUUUUUAAUGGAAAGCAAGGAUAUCCAUCAAACAUCACAAUUAUCUUUGUCCUUGCGAGUGUGAGAUCUGUUAGGUUCAUACAGAGUGAGGUGGACAUGACCCAUACCAAUGUGCUUCCCCCACCGAAUCUAAUUAACGUUGAGAUAUUUAUAUAUUUUUUGUGACAUACAGUUAAGAGGUGGUGUAAAAAAGAUCAAAAGGUACAUUCCUAAACAUUAGAGAUACCAAGGUGUAGAGCUAGAUGAACACAGCAGGCCAAGCAGCAUCAGAGGAGCAGGAAGGCUGAUGUUUCGGGCCUAGACCCUUCUUCAGAAAAGCCCAUUCCCAAACAUUAUCCUGUAUUUGGUGAGAGGGCUUUCCCAUUGUGAUUAGGUUGCCCAUUCAGUUUUCAAGAAACAUUCCCUUAAUUUAUCCUUGAAAUUUAUCUUUGGGAAAAACAGUCAUAUUGGUCAACCUGUUUGGUUAUGAUACUGUGUCCAGUUAGAUAAUGAAACUUGGGCCCAGCAUUCCUUUAUCAGAUUGUGGUCUAACAUAAUUAGCAUUGCAUGCUAAUGUUUCUUGUCAUCGGAAGGAUCACUAGGGUGGUGGCUUUUAACUGCGUACAAUCGUUAACAGCAAGUGUGCAUUGUUGUGAAGGGAAUGGACAAUGAAAUGCCUGGUUAAUUUUGUCUUUAGAAGAAUGCAGCUUGCUUGUAAGGUUUAUUAAAAAGUAACUUACAAUUUCUUGCAUCCAUCCCAUCAAUUUUAAUCUUAUUAUUUCACAACAUUGUCUUCCUGCCUUUUUCUUCAUUUAUGUUCGCAAGUAAUUUGGAGCAUUGAUCAACAGCAAUACAGAAAUACUGUGAUUGAAGUUGCAACUCAUGCUCACCAAUUUUGUGACUUCAUUCUGGGAUCAUUGUCAUUUUGUUCCCUUUGGGAAAGCCCAUAGAAAAGGCAUGAUUGUUCUAUCCUACUCAGGGGAAUACUUUCAACAGCUGUACAAAGUCUUACAACAGCAAUGAGUCGAAUAUUGCAUGCAUUCACAUAUCUUCAAUUAAAAUACAAAUAUUUUAAAGAUGAAUCGUUAAACUAUGACUGAAAAUCAGGAUAACCUUUAUAAUAAACAUUUAUAUUGUACUCUUUAUGAAGCUCAUUUGGUGUGUAAAAUAGUACAAUCGUUAUAUGUGCCCUUGGGAUUAAAAAUAAUUCACAAUAUAAAGUUAUGUUUAGUUCAGUGAGCAAAUAUUUACAUGGUUAUUUACACCACGUGACAAAAGUUCUUGGAAAUCCUUAUUGGAUUGUUGAAUUAUUUUACCAAAUUUAUCUGUAUGAUUUAGCAAUUCUAACUAGUUGUCAUGUGCACACACCCAGAUAGGACUAUCAUCAUUACCAGCAAAAACAGAAGUGCUAGAGAAAUGCAGCAGGUCUGGCAGUCUCUGUAGAGAGUAAAACAGAGUUAAUACUUCAGGUCCAGUGACCUUUUGUUAGAACUGCCAUCAUCAUGUGAGUGCAAACAAGCUUUGCCAGCAGUAAUGUAUCAUUUCUAUAAUCAUUAAUUGUUUUGCUCUCUGCUCAUUAUUUUGAAAAUAUAUAAUUUAUUCUCGUCCUCCUAGUUUUCUUUGAUUACCUUUUAUGGGCCACCCAUGGCAGAAAGAACAGUGCUGGUAAUCAAAUUCAAGGCUAUUUUGAGUGCCAAUGUUUUAGCAAAAAUAUACUUCUCUAACAAAAUACCUACAAUUAUAUUGCAAACAAUUCAAAUCGGAUAUUUCAUAAAAUACAAAAUUCCACAUUUUUCAGUUGAACACUUUGCACUCUUAGGUGCCUCAAUCCAAUUGCGAAAUUGGAACAUGCACUAAAUAUGACGAACCAUAAUCAUUCCGUUUGAUGCAUACAGCCUGAGGCAUUCUAUGGGUUAUCUGCACCUUGGUACAUUAUGGCAGAAAGACCUUAGUGGCCUUUCCCUAUUGCGUCUUUGUGAUAACUGCCUUAGGUUUUACUUUAUCUUUUAGCACACAGUCCUCGUCAUUGGGAUGUCGUAGUCUGCAACACUUAGUUGAGGACAAUUUUUUGUAUUGCAGGACCAACAAGUUUCAGGCAGAACAAAUAGCAUCUUUCACCAACUUGAUGGUCUUCUAGGCACAGUUGAUGUUUGUCUUGGGGUAUGUGCCUGAGAGCAGCCGGUAGAGCACUGCAUACUACAGCAAGGAGCUGCUUGGGAUGAAUUCAACAAAACCACUUCAUCUCUUUUUAGACCUUAUUUGCAAAGGCACAUUACGGAAAGAAAUAUCUGAUAAUCUUCACCAUGACAGCUGUCUUGAGGGUAGUGUAUGGGAGCGCUGAAUGUCUAGGCAUGCAUGAGUGACCUGACAGGGAGUGCCAUUCUCACAACCAGCAAACUACAUCCUGGUGCUUGUCAGAAAGUUCUGGCAAAGAGGAAUCUUGGCAAAUUACUUUAAUAGUCUGCUCAGGGAAGCAUUUGACUUGAUCAAACAUUUCCAUUUUGAGCAGAGCUUCAACAAUGUGCUGAUCACUGCCCGAUGGACUUGUGGUCAAAGGCAUUUUUCUGUUCAGAUUUUUCCAUGAGAAACAGGUGAUGGGGUACAUUCACACUACUUAGAAUGGUCAGCAGCAACGUGGCAGGACCAUCCUUUACAACAUUGGGAACUGGUAGAACUUCAGCAUGUAAUGACACCAAGGGUCUAAGCACAGCUUAAGGAAAUGCAGUGUUUGCCAGCAACUAAAAUGUAUGCAUAAUUAAGGCCCUAUGAAGCCCCUCUUUUGAUUUUACUCCAUCUCAUCCAUUCCUGUAACAAGAUGGUCAUUUUUGGAUAUCUGGCAGAAUUUGAAAUGAGCAUGGAUUUCAUCAUUUCAACAUGUCCAAAGAUGCUGUUCUAUUCUGCAGCCAAUAUAUUAACAUGUUUGCAUGCAUCUUAAAAUGCUUGUGAAAGAUUAAACAUCUCAAGACUAGUAUCAUCUUAAAAUGUAAUUUUAUUGACAAUGUACAAAGAAAAAUAAUAUUUUCAGUUGUCAUUUUUUAUGUCAGUAAACAAUCCUCA